AUGCAAAACAGAUGUAGAGUGACUUUGUAUUUUCACUGACAUAUCGCCAGUUGCACAUCAGCUUCUCUGUAUUGAAGAUCAACAUCGUGUUCAUAUAUGUUCAUAUUGUUCAUGUAGUGUAUAAAGACAAAUUGAGAGAAAGAGACAAUAAAAAAAUAACAAAAAAUAAAUAAUUUUCAAGUAAAUUGAUAAUUAAAUAUAUAACAAAGUGUCAAAUAAAUACUCCAAUAUUAAAAUCAUCAUUAAAAAUGAGUGAAUUAACUCAAGAAGAGAUUCGUAGACGACGAUUGGCUAGAUUAGCUGGGUUAGCUGGAUCAGAGACAAAUAGUCCACCUGUGCCAACAAGUCCAAAUGGAAUUAAUCUCCAACCUCAAAAUUCACCUCCAACACCUGGACCCUCAACAACUGCAUCAAGCAUUGUUACAUCUUCACCAAUACCAGCAGUUUCAUUAAAUAAAAUUGAUUCAGCUGAUAAAAUAUAUGAAGCAGCAAUGGAAACUGAUGAAAGUAUAGAAAAACAAUUUAAUAAUUCAGGAAUUGAUGUUGAUUCAGGUAUUGAAAAUAUGGAAGUUGAAGAAAUUGAUAAAAAAAAUGAAUCACAAAGAUCAAGAACAAGUUCUACUAAUGAAAUAUUACAAGAUCAUAUAACAUCAACAAUUGUACGUGUAUUACGUAUUUGUUGGAAAGAAUCAAUUGCUGGUACAGUUAAUCUUCCACAAUUAUCAUCAAUAUAUAAUGAAAAUAAAACAAUUGAUUAUACUGAUAUUAUUAGUCAAGGAUUAAUGGAAAUGAUGUCAAUAUAUAAUAAAAAUGAAGAUCCAAUAUCAGAAAUAUCAAGUGAACAAUUAUCAGAUUGUGAUGAUAGUCCAAAUAGUGAUACAGAAAUAAUGUGUACACAAUCAGAUAGUCAUACAACAAAUAUAUUACCAAUAUUACCAUUACCACCUGGUGAAAAAUUAACACCACCAAAAAGUUUAUUAUAUUUAUUUGAUUGUUUUAAACGUGUAUCAAUUGAAGAAAGUAAUCAUCCAAAACGUUCAAAUGUACCACCAAUAUCAGAUGUAUUGGCAAAUUUAAGAUCACAAAUUGUACAAUAUUCAAGUCUUGUAUUACAAAAUAUAAUUGGUAUACCAGACAAUGAUAAUAAUAAUAGUAAUAAUAAUAAUAUUGAUAAAAAAUUAAGUCCAUUACUUAAUCCAUUAUUAUGUCAAACAUUACCACGUGGUUAUCUUCAUGAGCUUGUUACUAAAAUUCAUACAAAUACAUUGAUAUUUAAUAGUAUAUUUAUACCAUUAUUACAAGGUAUUUAUUUAUCAAUGCAACAAUCAAGUUUAGUUGGUAAUACACAUAGACGUCCAACAGAAGCACUUGAAGAAUUAAUUGAUAUACGUAUUGGUACAACUGGUAAUAUACGUCCAAUAUGUAAAUUAAUAACUCAACAAAUACAAUUUCAACCAGUACUUAUGACAACAGCAAAUGGACGUGAAAUUGCUAAAACAUCAUAUCUUGGUCCAUUUUUAUCUGUAUCAAUAUUUGCUGAAGAUUCACCAAAAGUUGCUGAUAAAUUUUUUACUGGUAAUCCAAGUGAGGAUAAAUCAAUAAAUUUAACAAUACAACAAGAACUUGAUAAUACAAGAACAUCAGUACAUCGUAUUAUACAUUCAAUAUUAACAACAAGUUCAUGUAGAGAAACAACAUUAUCAUAUUUAUCAAAAAUAGUACGUUAUAAUGAAAAACGUGCACAAAUACAAACAGAUGAUUCAAAUUUAGCUGGUGAUGGUUUUAUGUUAAAUUUAUUAUCAAUAUUACAAAUGUUAAGUGUUAAAAUUAAAUUAGAUACAAUUGAUACAUUGUAUCCAUUUAAUCCAUCAUGUUUUGUUGAUAUUAAAAAUGAAACAAGAUUAAAAUUAACAUCACAAGAAGCAAAUGAUUGGUUAGAUAAAUUAAUAAAUGAACAUGGUAAAGAAUGGCCAGAUGCAAAAUUUUCAACAAAAUGUUGGUUUAUAACAUUACAUUGUCAUCAUAUUGCAUUAAUGCCAGCAUUACAAAAAUAUCAAAAAAAAUUACGUGCAUUAAGAGAAUUACAAAAAAUGUUAGAUGAAUUACAAUCAACUGAAUCACAAUGGAAAGAUACAGCAUUUGCAUUACAUAAUAAAGAAUUAAUUCGUAGAUGGAAACAACAAUUAAAAAGAUUAGGUAAAUCAAAAUCAUGUGCUGAUGCUGGUUUACUUGAUCCAGUAUUAUUACGACGUUCAUUACAUUUUUAUUCAACAGUUGCUGAUGUAUUAUUGGGUUUAUUAACUGAUGUUAAACCUGGUAGUGUAUUACCAGAACUUCCAUUAUCACGUCAAAUACCAAUUAAAUUUACAGCAUUACCAGAAUGGUAUGUUGAAGAUAUUGCUGAAUUUUUAUUAUUUGCAUUACAAUAUAGUCCAACAAUUGUUGCUAAUAAUAUGGAAAAUUCAUUAAUAACAUGGUUACUUGUUGUAAUAUGUACACCACAUUGUAUGAGAAAUCCAUAUUUAAUUGCUAAAAUAAUUGAAGUAUUAUUUGUUAUUAAUCCAAGUGUACAAGGUAGAACUGAAUCAUUACAUGAUCAAGUUAUGUCACAUCCAAUAUCAAAAACAUAUUUGGCAUCAUAUUUAAUGAAAUUUUAUACUGAUAUUGAAACAACUGGAUCAAGCUCUGAAUUUUAUGAUAAAUUUUCAAUACGUUAUCAUAUUAGUUUAAUAUUAAAAUCAAUGUGGGAUAGUCCAGUACAUCGUGCAUCAAUUGUUAAUGAAUCAAAUAAUGGUAAACAAUUUGUUAAAUUUGUUAAUAUGUUGAUGAAUGAUACAACAUUUUUAUUAGAUGAAAGUUUAGAAUCAUUAAAAAGAAUUCAUGAAGUACAAGAAUUAAUGUCUGAUCAAACAGCAUGGAGUAAAUUACCACAAGAACAACAACAAUCAAGAUCAAGACAAUUAUCUGCUGAUGAAAGACAAGCAAGAUCAUAUUUAACACUUGCCAAAGAAACAGUAUCAAUGUUUCAUUAUUUAACUGUUGAUAUUAAAGAACCAUUUUUAAGACCAGAACUUGUUGGUAGAUUAAGUGCUAUGUUAAAUUUUAAUUUACAACAAUUAUGUGGACCUAAAUGUAAAAAUUUAAAAGUUAGAAAACCACAAAAAUAUGGAUGGGAACCAAGAACAUUACUUGGACAACUUGUUGAUAUUUAUUUACAUCUAGAUUGUGAUAGUUUUGCUGCUGCUUUAGCAAGUGAUGAAAGAUCAUUUUGUAAAGAAUUAUUUGAUGAUGCAUCAAAUCGUUUAGAUAGAUCAGCAAUUAAAACACCAACUGAAAUUGCUAGAUUUCGUGUACUUGCUGAACGUGCUGCUGUUAUUGCACGUGAUAAUCGUGCACGUGAUGAAGAUUACAGUGAUGCACCUGAAGAAUUUCGUGAUCCACUUAUGGAUACAUUAAUGGAAGAUCCAGUUAAAUUACCAUCUGGUAUUAUCAUGGAUAAAGCAAUUAUUAUAAGACAUUUAUUAAAUAGCUCAACAGAUCCAUUUAGUCGUCAACCACUCAGUGAAGACAUGCUAACACCUGCUAUUGAUCUUAAAGAAAAAAUAUCAGCAUGGAAACAGGAGAAAAAAAAGUCUGCUAAUUUGUAAAUUUUGUGGUGCCAAACAAAAUGUGAGAUUUAAAGAAUCAAUCAUUUAAAAAAAAAAAUAUUUUGCACAAUAUCGGUUACUGGAUAACAAAAUAUAAAAAUUAUUAAAUUAAAAAUAAAUUAUCAGUGCAUUAAUAGACCAAUAAGCACUCGAUUUAGAUUAAUGUUCUUUUUUUUCUACCAGACAGAAAGAAAUAAAAAAAAAAAAUUGAUAAAAAUAAAUUAAAA